AGAACGAAAGAAAAGACCACACUAAACGACGCAAUGACUUGACACGAUGACUCCGGUUCAAUUGACAACUUCAGAACGACGCGAACUGGACCCCUGCAUAUGACUCGACUAUAUGCUUUCAAGACUGUACGACACGAGAACUAUGUGAUUCUCCACGACCAAAGACAACAAAUUUCAACGACUACCUUUACUUUCAAUGCUGUGAAUGACAAUUUAUAUGACAAUUUAUUAUUUCGGGCGAUAUCUUUCCUAUUGUUUACCUUUCCCAAAGCUGUUUUACCAACCAUGUUCCUGUCUUACACUCUUCUACUUUAGCGACUCCCUGUACCUACCUUACUGAUCGGCAUUUUGCAGAGCGGGCGGGGGGAAAGAAAGCAUUGUCCCAUACAUUUCUGUCCAAACCAACGGAGUUUUGCAGGC